AUGGGUGGUUCGGAGAAACCCGCCUAUAAGAGACAAAAUGAUAUUAGCCAAUCAGGAAAGCUUUACCUAAUUACAGUGAACGCCCGUGAUAAACCAGAGUGCCUAACUGGCAGAGAAGGACAAGUGGUGCUCUGUGGUUGGGGCGGUUCCCACCCACUUUUGCUUUCUCCAGGGCUACCUACCUGUCAAUAUCACUUCGAUUUGCAAUUUCUCUCAUUCCCUCAUUCAAAACCGCUUUGUCUUUCUCUGCGAUCGUGCCCUCUCAGUUUUUGGUUUUCGAGUGGCAGCAAUUCAGGGUUUGUGAAUAACGGGAAGAACCUAAGAUCAGAAAAAAUUCCAAUGGCUUCUGGCAACAGCUGGGCUGAUCAAUGGGACUCUCAUAAUGAUGAUUACAAUAACUCCAAUGGACCAAAGGAGAAGGAUAAUGCCAAAAUGGCAAAAGUUAAAGGUGCUGCAUCAGUGGGCUUUGAAAAAGCCAAGGUAGCUGCUAGUUCUGGAGCUCAGAAGGUGAAAUCUGGAACAAGCACUGGAAUAAAAUGGAUAAAAAAUCAAUAUCAGAAAAGGACAUCUAAGUAAUUUUUCUUUUGAAUUGUACUCCAUAUCUUGCAGAUAACUGCUCUCCAAAAUCUGCAAAUAUGAAUGUAGUUAAGUCUGAAUGCUUUAUUCACUGCACAGGGUUUUAGUCUGCUUACAGGCACUAUUCAUUGCAGAUAGGUUGAAAUGUUUUUGGGGACACGAUGUAGUUUGGGUUUUCUUUGAGAUACUUUGAAGUUUGGUUAUCACAUGAUUUUUUUUUAUAACGGCACAAUUGUGCAGUUUACAUAACUUUGAUUCUUGAAUAAGCAGUACAAAUAUUGUGUAUUGACUUUUUUCUGGAUUUGUAAGGAUAUUACUGAAGAGGAUAUACAUGCCGUUUACAUUCAUAAGUUUGAUGGUUCA